GAUCCGAGACUUUCUAACCAGUGGGCUGUAUGAGUAACAAAUGUGCUGUCCUUGGGCAAAUACCAGGAAAACAACAAAUAUCUGCACGGGGCGCACCAAGGCUUCUUUCUCCUUUGUUGGAACUUAAGACAACACUGCCUGAAGUGCCAUGUUGCAGACAGUCGGCGAGUGGCUGUGGUGGGAAAGUUUGUGGCUGCCUGAAGGCAUCUCCUGGUCAGACCUAGAGGACAACGAUGGCCGUGUCUAUGCUCAAGCCUCCCAACUGUACGCUGCUCUGCCCUGCGCCCUCUGCCUGCUUCUGGUCAGAUACCUGUUUGAGAGGUACUUGGCCAUGCCCCUGGCUAAUGCCUGGGGGAUCAAGGACAAAGUACGUUUCACGGCAGAACAAAACCCCGUCCUAGAGAAGUUCUUCUGCAGCCAUACACGAAAUCCAUCACAGAUGGAUGUUCGCGCUCUGUGUAAGAAGACCAACUGGCCUCAGAGGAGAGUCGAAGUGUGGUUCAGGAGGAGAAGGAACCAAGAUCGACCAGGGCUGCAGAAGAGGUUCUGUGAGGCCAGCUGGAGAGGCUUUUUUUAUCUCUUUGCAUUUCUUGGAGGAAUCUGGGCCCUUUAUGAUAAACCUUGGCUUUAUAAUCUAAAGGAGGUUUGGGCAGGAUUUCCAAAACAGUCUAUGCUGCCAUCGCAGUACUGGUAUUACCUCUUAGAAACGGGCUUCUACCUUUCCCUGCUCUUCAGCCUCACAUUUGAUGUCAAACGCAAAGACUUUAAAGAGCAGGUGAUUCAUCAUAUAGCUACGCUGACUCUGCUGAGCUUCUCCUGGAUUUCCAACUUUAUUCGUAUUGGAACCCUCGUGAUUAUAGUCCACGACUCUACCGAUGUACUGCUGGAGUGUGCAAAGGUUUUUAACUACGCCAAGUGGCAUCAGACUGCUAAUGCCAUUUUUGUGGUAUUUUCAGUUCUAUUUAUGGGUACAAGACUUGUUUUUUUUCCAUUCUGGCUUAUUCACUGUACGUGGGUGUACCCAGUCGAGGAAUUUCCGCCCUUCUUUGGCUACUAUUUCUUCAACGUCAUGUUGUUGGUUCUACAGAUUCUCCACAUCUACUGGGCUUUUUUAAUAUCACGGAUGGUUUAUAAGUUCCUCUUCAGCCAGCUUGAAGGCGAUCUCCGGAGUGACGAAGAGGAGGAUGACAGUGACCCACCAAAAGAACAAAACCACAAACUGAGUCAUAUGAAUGGCUUUGAUGCCAAAGGCCGAGCCAAUGGUCACUGAUGCAUACAGAUGGAAACAGACAAAAAAACAGUCAGCGGCAGACAGAUGGACAUUACCCAUUUGGAGUGAAGCUGUUAAAAUCUAAUUGUUCAUCAAGUAAAAAAAAAAAAAAAACCUGCGUAUUUUGAAGGAACUGUGAACAAAACUGAACAGUGUGGUUUUAUUCUUAGUCCCAAUUCA